AUGCCCCAUUCGAAGCUCCAGCUCCGAGUACUAGUUGUAUACAAACGUAUCUUACGCCAGCUCCAACAAACCGCUGAUCCAGAGGCGUCUUUGCAAACGGCUCGUCAGAUUUUCAAAGAGAACGCCAAGAAUAUUGAGAAAUCCAAUUUCAUCCUGGUUGAGCAUAAUCUGCGCCUGGCCGAACGACGCCUGGACAAUCUGAAGCGAGGAGGAGUCGAGAGAGUUUCGACCUUUACGAUAAAGCGGCCGAACUGA